AUGAAGCGAAGGCAGUUCCUUGUUUUCGUCAAAAGGGAGCCAUUAUCGCAGGACAUUCGUCGCCAACACGUUCAAGUUCAAUGUGACAUCUACUCCAACACUGGAGAGCAGAUCUCUCACCAAUCGGCCACCAGAUGUCUUCCAGUCUUUCCUCGCGCUUUGGAGCAAGAAAUAUCGUGGGCGAUCCAGGAUUACGUCAAGGACCCGUUCCAGUCCCACCGCGCGGAGCUUGCAUUCAAUAACUUCACAGAUCAUGGAAAGUACCUGAGACAGAAGCUCGACUUGCCUGGUUUCUUUCGGGAGUGUGAAAUCAAGGAUCUUUCUGACGUUGAUAUUCAGCUCAACAUCGUCGAUUCCGCUGACGCUGGCAGCGGAGGCUUUUUUCGGAGCAUUCCAUGGGAGAUUCUCGAAUCACCAGACGUCCCUUCGAUCGGCUCUGGUACGGUAGUCCACGUUCGCCGAGUUUUGAAGAGCUGUCCGAACCUCCAAAUCCAGACCAUCGAAAAGUUGACAGUCCUGUUUGUUACAUCUCGGCAACUCGACAAUCGCUUCGUGGACGUGCAACUCCUUAGACCAGGCACUUGGGAUGCGUUUCGAAGCGCCGUGGAGCAGGGAUCCUACGACAUGGUCCACUUUGACCUCCACGGCGCGGCCAUCGAUCAGGAAACUGGUAAACGUGCGUGUCUCUACUUCAAUGAUCUUGCCGUGGCUGGUGAGGAAAUCGCCGAUCUGCUUCACAAGAACAGAGUCCGGUUGGUGACCAUCAAUGCUUGCCAAAGUGCCUUUCUCCACGGGGACCCUGGGACAAAUCUAGCCACCAUGCUUAUGGGGGGCUCUGUCGAGGCCGUGGUUGCCAUGUCUUAUCAGGUAACUCCAGCGGCAGCCAAGAUAUUCUUGAGCAGUCUGUAUCGAGGCCUUCUCGUUGAAGGCCAAGAGAUGGGAACCGCUGUUUUCAACGCCAGACGUGCCAUGCAAGCCUCGAAGCAGCGGGAUGCGGCAUUCGGCUUUCCGGUCCUUCUACACGAUUAUGCCGUUCCAUUGGUCUAUCAGGUAGCGGGUGGCAGUCUCUAUGUGAGGGUGCCGGAAAAAGAGAGGUCUCCGGAGGAAAAUACCGCUCUUGCGACACUUUUCGCCAAUCGACCAGCUCUGGGGAGGGAGCAGCAGAUAUUAUCGUUGGAGGACAAGCUUAUCCGCCAGAAGGUUGUCGUCCUCACAUCCUUGAUCGGCGAAGGCAGGGCUACCUUCUUGUCCCACUUGAAGCCGUGGUGGAUCAUUACGAAAUUCGUCAGGCGAAUUUUCUGCGUCGACUUUCGACACUUUCCUGCCUUCGAUCUUAAAGGAGAGACGCCCACAGCACAAGCCGUCUGUGACCGGCUGCUUGAGUUCACUUGGGACGCGAAUGGAAUCACCAGACCGUUAGGGCUCACGAUGGACUUACUGCGAAAGACUCGGCACUUGGUUGUGUUGGAGCAUACGGAUUGCCUUACCUUAAGUCCACCCAUGAGCCGAACCAAUCUUGAGGCGGCCCUCAAAGACUUUGCUCUCGACUUCUUUGACGACGACUUUGCGAGCUUUCUCCUGAUCACAUCCACUUCUCCAGAAUCGUGGGCUAACCACACAACCCCCGAAGGACAUCGACACAAAGCCGGCGCCCAAGUACUGGAACUCGACAUCUCGGGUCGGAUGGGAGUUGCGAUGGAGAUUCUGGGGUGGUCAGAGCAAGCAUAUCGCGCCGGCCUUGAGUUUCGAUACCUCCAACGCAUUGUUCGACUCUGCUGCAGCAACACUCUCGCAAUGCAGGCUCUCCUACCCCCUUUGUUUGCGAGUGGCUCGUCCGCCAGGGAUGCGUUCUGGAAGCUUCAGAUAUCGCCCGCCCAUCUGAAUUGGAAAUCUACCUCACUCGCCAGCAUUGGUGAUCGUUUCGAUGCAGCGUUCAAUGAGUUUGGGGAGUUCCUCUCGAUCUUCCUUCCCAUACACGUCUGCUGCUCGAGGAGAUACAUCCAAGAGCACAUUGGGAGAAAUCUCAGCUCCCUCCCAUGGGCCACCGAAUCAGGAUCAAACGUAGAGACGAGAAUCGACGACGCUGCCAUACACCUGAUAGCAAGGCUCUGCAUCUACGGCGCGGCGCAGGUCUCCAGCCCCAAACUUGCUGCGACAAUCCAGUUUCAUCCGCUUUUCUGCAUCUAUCUCCGUGACAGAAGCACUUCUUCUCGGCUUGAACGCUCAUUCCGGAGCAUUGCUCUGUAUCAGCAUAAUAUUGCGCGGAGAUGGGCUAGUGGGGCUAGCAGACAGAAAAUGCUAGAUGCCUAUUCUUAUCAUUACCUGGCCCAGUUUGGCGCACUACACUUCAUUCUGCAAAAUCCUGCUCUCUUAGCAUCCGACCGGAGAGCUUUUGAUCUACCCUGGAUCAUGGCGAGUGUGUACUGCAGCCAGGUCAGCGACCCGCUGUUGGAAGAGGAGGAAUUGAUCACGGAUCUUGCUCUCCAGGCUCUACCUUGCCUUGUUGAUGGGUUGACAUGGACAGACAACAGGGGCCUCAGCGUCUUGAACACAGCCCUCCUUCAUGGCCGAUAUCGAAGCAUGAGCUUUCAAGACUGCGGUCUUGUGCUUCAACUGCUGCAGUGGAUUACAUUGCACUACUUCAGCCUCAGCAAGACUACUGCGCGGCACGCGAAUUCGUACAUCAUACUUCUUCUUGAAGGCCUGCGCUUGGUCGGAGAACCAGACCCUUCCUCUCAGCUUUUGCGUUUCAUCAGAUCUGUUAGUGGUCUGACAGCAGUUGAGAUUGGAGCAGCCGAUCUUGAUUGGGCAGUGAUGGACUAUGCCCCGGUUUACGACGCAUUAGAUGACAACAAUUUCCAAGUUGGUCAUUCCAGGCUCUUGUUCUUGCAAACCUGGAAUCAAGAUUUGCGAUUUCGACUGAAUUGGCUCCAACUUCGUACUCAAGAAGCCAUCCACGACUGGGAGCAAUGGGAGCCCGCCAAAUAUUUUCCGGAAAUGUCCAAGAACGAGAGACUUGACGCACUGAAAGACGUUCUUGCAUGCACCCAAGGAAUGGAAUGUCUCGAAAAGAAUGACAAGGAGGGGUUUGGCAAAGCAAGGUCAACGUUACUGCAAGUUAUGCUCGGUUGCAGUGAGAAAUGUGACACUGACCGUCUUCUUCAUACUCUAUAUUGCCUUUUCCUAUUGAGUCAAAAGGCUAAGGAUUGGCUCGCAUGUCUCGAGUUUCUCGACCGGAUAGAAGCUACCGAACUGGAUCUCGCAGUGAAGCCAGGAUUCUGUAACGUCGACAAAGAGAAGUAUUAUGCAGAAGCCUCUCGUUUUAGGCUCCGUGCUCAAUGUCACCGUGGCCUUGGCGACUGUGAGAAGUACAAGGAGUACUUGUGGCGGUCGAGGAGAGCCAAUUUUCUCGCGGACCGGCUCAGAACCUCAUGGGACAGAGCUCAGGAAUACCAGCGAACUGAGAGGCAGAGGCGGCUAUACGAGUGGGUCUUAAAUGACGAGCCGACACAGAAUGAUCAAGGAGGAACCAAUCCACCCCUAUUCUCCCGACCGCAAAUGGUUGACGCCCCAGUGUCGAGCGAAGAACUCGAUGAGUGUCCGGACGAACUCGCGGUCCGAGGAGCGAAGACGCCGGGUGGUUCUCAGCCUAUGCGGAGGAUGCUGGCCAACCCACAGCCGCCAGAUCCAGCAUAUAUCCAACGCUCGUUUCUGGUUGAGGCUAGGUGGUUGACAGUUACCCGGUAUCUCGACCUGGUGGUUGGGAAAGAGGAAGAAGGACGUCCAUCACAACUAUCUGAGUUCCGUCGACAGGGCACGAAAUUUGAUUUAGCUUUAUCCCUGGAGUCUCAUCUUGCUCAGGACCUGGAAAAUGAUCUUCGGGAUAAUCACGGAUUUGACGUUCAGCAGAUGACGGAGUCACAGCUGCUUCGCUUUUUAGGGCUGGAUUGA